UUCGACUACAGCGCUUUUUCCGCCCGACACUUACUAAAUGCUGCACCGCGUCGACCAAACGAUCUCACAACGACGCGAAACAUCAACAACUGUUCAUUCAAGUUUUUCAGCGACACACUGAGUCCUUUCAUCUCCUCCGGACAUGAGCCGCUGUCAUUUCUCAGCUGAACGAGUUUAGUUGUUGUUGCCGCUUUGGUUUAACAAGCAGCUCGAGGUGAAGUGGUCCUGGACAGACAGAGACAGACAGAGACAGACAGAGACAUGGCCAGUGGCGGCAGCAGCGUGGACAUGGAUCCAGAUGUUGCUCUGAGGCUGUUUGAGGAGGGGGCCACCCUGGUGCUGCUGGGGGUCCCCCGGGGCACAGAGCUGGGCAUUGACUGCAAGAGCUGGCAGGUGGGCCCUCGCUUCCGGGGAGUGAAGAUGAUCCCCCCGGGUCUGCACUUCCUCCACUAUAGCUCCGUGAACGCGCCGAGCUGUGGCAGUGAAAUUGGCCCCAAGAAGGGCCUCUUCCUAUCCCUCAAACCCAGAGAUAUCCUGCUGGCGAACUGGAACCCCAAAGAAGAAGAUCUGGACUUCUCCAAGGACGAAGAGGAGGUGAGCCGCAUCCGGGCCACCUUGCAGGAGCUGGACCCCUACCUGGGGCCCUACCCGUAUGAAGUGAUGAGGAAGUGGGUGUCCCUCACCGAUCGCCUGAGCGAGGAGUUGUCCAAAAACCUGCAGCCCUUAUCCGGAAGAAUAUGUGCCUACAGUGACGUCAUCCCAGAGGUUGAGUUCAAACACACCAAGGACAGAGCGGAGCAGCCGAGGAAUGACACGGCCUGUCAGAGCAUGAAGGAGGGACUGGACAGGCUCCCCAGGAUGAAACAGAGGGAGGGGACGGAGCUGCGCUUCUCUGAUAUCCCCAAGAAGACCUACCCGCCUGGGGCAACGCCAGCAGAGAUCACCAAGUGCAGUCUGGACCUGAGCUAUGCCCUGGAGACUGUGCUGGAGAAGAACUACGAGCUGCAGCCUCUCCACCUCCUCGGUGAGCUGCAGUUCGCCUUUGUGUGCUUCAUUCUUGGAAACGUGUACGAGGGCUUCGAGCACUGGAAGAGUCUGCUGGCGCUGCUGUGUCGCUCAGAGGACGCCAUGCGGAAGCGUAAGGAGCUCUACCUGGGACUCAUCGCCGUGCUCUACCACCAGCUCGGAGAGAUCCCGCCUGACUUCUUCGUCGACAUUGUGUCACAGAGCAACUUCCUCACCUCCACACUGCAGGACUUUUUCCAGUUUGCCGGUGGCCCCGGUAUCAAUGACACGCUCCGCAAGAGAGCGGAGAAGUUCAAAGCCCACGUGACCAAGAAGUUUCGCUGGGAUUUCGAUGCAGACAUGGACGACUGUGCCCCCGUGGUGGUGGAGCUGCCUGAAGGUGUGGCAGCGGAUUGAAGCUGCUCUGCUGUGGACUUGAUGUUGAUACUGGAAUCAGAAGCAGGGGACAGGACUGAGUGUAUGUGAAGCUGAGGGGGAGCAGUGCAGCUCUAACACCAGACACAGAGCGUCACAGAUGACUUUAAUAGGAGGUUGUACAUGUACACAUGUUGCACCCUGUUAUUAUUUAAGCAAACAUAAGUUAUCCUCAUUUCAGUUACAGCGGCGAUGCGGUUUACUAAAUACCAACGGUGCCCUCUAGUGGUCAUUUCUCUCAUGGAGCAAAACAUGUUGUCUUGUAUUGCUUCCUACUUUUUUAGCCAAAUUUAUUCCAAAAACCAACCCCAUAGUAUUUUUGUAAACUUAAAUUAGAGUGGUUGUAGACCUAAUUAGUAGUAAGAAUUCUAAUUAAUAGGCUAUUAUACACAAACCUGUCCUCUUCAUCAGAGACAGAGGACAUAAAUCUUCACCACAAUUGCUACUUAAUAAAUGUAUGAAUAAAAGAGCUUGAGUCUAACCCUCCAAAUUUUGUAAAAACAAAAUCUACGUAAGUUUUUCAGCAUUUUAUAAGGGGACAAUAAAGUAGAGAGAUUAUAUUCAUCAUAAACAUAACUGGGUUAGAAUCACUACUGUGUUGCUGAAAACCUUUUUCAUUUUAUGCAUCUGCAAUGGAAGAAAGGCAGUUGUGGUUUGCAAGAGUAAAGUGGUCAAAUAUGAAGAUCACAUCUCAGCUGUUUUCAUCAUUUUCAACUCAUUUUUACUUUUCUAUGAUUUAUUGGAUCCGAAGUUUACUUGAAUAAAAACAACACUUUUGAUACAAAGACGUUGUGAAGUGU